AUGGAGAUUGUUGGUAAAAGAGAUGAUGGCGAUACUACCAUUUACAUGACAUUAACAUCUACAUCAACAUUGAAUAGCAAAAACAUUCCAAAUACAAACCCUACAAAUGUUAUACAGAUAGUAUCUUGGGUAACACAAACUAUUGAGACAACUAUCGUUACAUCAACUCCAAUAUUGAGAACACCAUCUACAUCCCAAACUACUACUUCCACUUCCAAAGAUAUUUCAAUGGUAUUAAGUGCCACUGAAACAAAAAGCACAACUCCCUCAUCUAGUGCAGACACUACUUCCUUGUCAUCACCAACAGCAUCCAAAAAGGUUGGUGCUGUCUCCACUAUCCCUAUUCAAAACAGCUUCAGUGAUGUGUCAUACUCUACCGGUAAUCGGUCCUUACAAAUUGGCUUAGCAAUAGGUAUUCCAAUAGCAAUAUUUUCCAUCUUUUUCAUUGUAUUAGGAGUAUGGUAUUACAUUCGUGAACGUAAACGGAAAAGAAAAACACUAUCGUUCAAUGAAAAAUAUUACAAACCUAGAGCAAGCGAUGUAACAUUGACUGCUGAUAAACCUUAUCCUAUCCUUUUUUCUCCUGGGGCAUACUUCAAGGAUGAAAGACAAUACGAGUUACCCCAAAAAAGAGAUCAGUUAACAAGCAGAUUGAGUAAAUCCUUCCCUAUACGAAGAAAGGAAAAGGAGAUAUCAAGCUCAGAUAAUUUUGCCAAGCGAAUGAGUGUUUUGACCCCAAUUUUUUUGAAAAAGUUCAAUUUAAAAAAAGCUAGUCAUGAAAACAAUGAAACCGUAAAACCACAAGUAUUGAGUAUUCCAGAAAAUCGUUUGGAGAAUUCCAGAAAGCCCACAGACAAUCUCAAUUUGCCACCAGUUAUAACUAUAGGCAGCAGUGGACUAGAUCCGGUGAGAGGCGGAAUUAGCCCAGAACAGAGUUUAUACACUGUCAUUCGAUCAUACAACAAAAGUCUUGGUGACGAGUUGAAUAUUGAAAUAGGAGAUAAAGCAGUGAUUUUGGAAAAACAUUCUGACGGCUGGUGUAAAAUCAGAUUGGUUCGUAUGGGCAAAGAUUACUAUAAUCACCAAUUAUCUCUGGAUAUCGGCUUAGUCCCUAAAAUGUGUUUACAAAAAAUCUAA